UUAUAUUGAAAUUUAAUUUUGUAUGAAAAGGAAUAUAAUUUGUACUACUUUAACAUGCAUUUGUCCACUAAAUAAAAAAAAUUGACAUUUUUAGAUAGGGUUUGUCGAAUCAUAAUGAGCUGCGUAGUCACUAAUGAAAAAUUCUUAACUCCCAUCAUGGUUGAACACAGAAGGCUUGUACUUAGGGAGGCUGUUGUUUGGUGUCUGGAGCUCGGCUUCUUGGAGGUCAGGUUGGGAGGGGAUGCUAAAGUGCUCAUCGAUAAGAUCAACAAGGUAGAUACUAGAGAUAACCGGGUGGGGGCCGUACUUGAAGAGAUAGGAUACUAUUUUCAGACCCCAUCCUGGUUUGACUAUUCGAUUUGUAGGUCGGCGUAACAAUAGGGUAGCCCAUUUGGUGGUUAGAAAUGCCUUUUCUCUUGUACCCGACUAUGAGUCGGCAUAUUGAUUUUCGGACUUGGCUUGUUUCCACGAUGUAACUUUCGAUUGCUUAUAUCAAUGAUUAUCUUUUAUUAAAAAAAACACACAGAAGGCCACACACAAAUUGCACAAUGUGGGUCUUGGAUCAUUCAAUCGGUCGGCCCAGUCAAAAUUGGGCUGACCCAAUUGCUUUGGACGGCCCAAAUUCAGACUCCGCUUCCCCACCUCCGUCGUCGCUACUACUCAUGAUAAAAGAAACAGAGGAGGGAAAAUGAUCGAAAAAUGGAUUUGGCUCCAAUUUCAAAAAUCGAAAACCAUUUCUUUUUAGCUCUCUCCGACCUCCGUCGCUCACUAACCCGCUUACUCUCCUCCCGGCUCCCGCCGUAGCAAUCGAAAAUGGCCGAUAUCGAACCUCCGUCCUUCUCCCUCGGCUUCGACCUCGAUUUCGACGCCGAGCCUGAACCGGAAAUCCCUCCACCGUCGCCUCCCCGGCCGACGAGCAGCUGCCGACUACCGCCCGAAGAACACGAUGAAGACAGGGCUUUCGAAGCUUCCGUCGCCAUGGAUUCCGAGGACGAGCAACAAAAUGGGGAGGCCAAGCUGACGACGCCUCCGUUUUCGCGUCACACAAUCCUCAAGCGCCUGAGGCGAGGAGGACCUGCAAUUAAGGAGCUGAGAACGGAAAAGAGUUCCAUUCCCUAUGUGAAUGCCGACGAUGAUAUUGAAGAUUUCUCUUCCGACGACGACGAUUUUGUCGCAGAUUUGCUUCCGUCAAGACAGCACAACUCUGUAUGCAGUAGUGGUUCAAAAGUUACGCUUCGUGGAUCCGGAGUACUAACCGGUCAAUCAUCAAGGCAGUCGUCAGUGGCAAAGGGAAAGGGGCUGGCUUUCAAGACACCAGCUUCAUCAAGCUUAGAGACGGGCCAGAGUGGGUUGGUGUUCCCCAAGCUGACUACCAGUCCUCUCAGAAGAUUUCAGCUGAUUGAUUCUGACGACGAGCCUACUCUCAUUGGCAAUAACGUGAACAGAAAACCUGAACGUGUCGGGUCACAAUCCGCUGAGCAUAGUGGAAAAUCAUCAGGGAACAAUCGAAGGAUCGAGGACCUGUGGAAGGACUUCAGUCCGAUGCAGAAUGUUCGGAUUGCAACACCUGCUUUAGAUGAGUUCUGCAACGAGUACUUCCAGUCUGUUAAAGAUAAGGAUGCAGCCGCGAAUAGACGUGAAACUCAAGGGAGUGUAAGUACCAGAGCAGGUCAUGAUCCGAAUCGAAAUGCCAUGGGGGAGUUUGAGCAAUGCUGGAACGUAGAUGACCCUCUUCCUCCAGCCCAUCACUAUUUCUUCAACGAUGAUGCCAGGAUUAGGAGCUUAGUACGCGACCGGUUGCCCCAUUUCUUCCCCCUUGGCGUGGUUAAAGCCCGAGGGAAUCUGCUGCCAAGUGAAUCAGUUAUUGACUACAUGAGUCAAUUUGGGGGAACCCCUCAAGACAAGGGAACUGGCGGAAGCAACAUGGACAAGGGAUCAACAAGCAAAGGAAGAAAGAGAGCCAGGAAAUCCGAUGCUAAAGGAGCUGCUUCUCAAGGUUGGGUGAACCCUAGAACCAGUGCUGGUCUCCCAAAGGAUGCCGGUAAACGACGAGUUCAGGCAGGUGGUCAAGCUGCUGCUGGUCAUUGGUUUACAUCUCCAGAAGGAAGAAAGGUUUAUGUCUCCAGAAACGGUCAGGAGCUUACUGGGCAAGCUGCAUACAGAUAUUUCAAAAGGGAUAGUGGAGGAUACAGAAAGACUAGAAAGAAAGCCACCUGCAAGAGAGAGAAAGCUUGAAGCUUGGGGAACUAUGUUGCAUCCAAUUCGAUUCUCUUUCCAUUCCCAUACUCAUAAUUUCCUGUCUCCAGAAAGUCGGAAACUUUUCAGUGAUGUCAUUUGUUUAUAGAGUUGUCCACAAAUGGGCAAGAAGACAGAUAAAUUGAGAGCACACAAAAUCACUCAAGUUUUCAAAGAAUCAAUCGGCACAAUGUCU